GAAAAAAUGAAUAAUCUCUCCACCAGCAGAUUCAUUCUUGUCCACCGAAGAAUCGAAUUAAGGACGAACGACGAACUUGUCCCCCCAAUUGACAACAUUUUGUCCAAGGAUCCGCCAUUUUGGUUUUUGGCCUGUGUCACGAGAAUAGCCGAUGGACGAAAGACAUAACUGAAUUUGAGAACUGGACAUUUUUAUUUUAAGGUAGCUCUAUUUCAAUAUUUCAAGAAUGGCGGUAUAUUGUUGCACUUAAUAUAUAAACACGGAGUCUUUUACAACACUAUUUACGGGCUUUUACGAGCGAUUUCUGAAGGUUUUAAUACAGUACAUGGCUGUGGCGAACGGCUUUUGUGAACAUACAUCACCAAGAUCGCCUCUAUUUGACGAGGGGAGACUGUUGGCAAAGGAUCUUAUAAAUUACAAACUCGGAAGAAACUUGCCACCAGCUAAUGCGACCGCUAAGACUCUGCGGAAACUUUCGGACGACAUCGAACUGAGGAACCCAGAUCUGUUGGAACGGUUAUGUUCGAAAUUAAAUUUCUCCAAAGAAACGGGGUAUAGUUCUUUUUGCGAGAUUGCGAAAGAGGUGUUCGGAGAUGGAAUUAUAAAUUGGGGAAGGAUAGCUGUACUAUACGCGUUCUGUGCUAAACUUGGAAAAUAUUGUAAUGAAAAUAACAUGAGUGAUGAGAUAGAAAAUUUAACACAAUGGACAGCGACGUUUGUCACUGAAUUAGGCUGGAUCGAAUCUCAAGGCGGAUGGGUAGGGAGUACCUAUUUUUUUGUUCUUAAAGUAAAUCAAAUGCUUCGCGAGUCAACAGAGACUCGAUACCAAAACACAAGCAAUUUUCCGUAUUCAUUAUACAUCAUUACACCCAAAUUUUCUGCUUCAAAAGCCGUGAAAACACAACUACCUGUUCCACAAGGCUUUUGUUAAGGAAAAAUGCAUUACGCCGAACAUAGCAAGGGAAUUUGUCAACGAGAACUCGAUCGUUUUUUAUAGCGCGCACAACAAAAAUCUUUAAAUAUCACAUGAUUAUUGCGUUUGUUUACAUAUCGUGUGUAGCCUUGUCGAGAAAAAUUUGUACUUGUACGAUCGUAAUUUUGAAAUCUCACAGAGAUUUUUGCACAAGACACAACAUUAUAAGCGAUUCUAGCACAGUCCUCGUUUUGGCCGAAUUUCAAUAGCAAAAAUGCGAGUGAUGUUCGAAUACUUUCGAGCGAAUUCUACAUUUGGCAAAUUUCCGCUGCGCGCACCGACAAGCACGGAAUUGUGAAUGACGAUCGAAUUUCAAACAUUUUUUCAAAUAUUCGAUCUUUUGCUGUACGACGAAGCGCCAUUCAUGAAUUCGAAGCAGAAUUUCUCGACUACGAAACAGUUUAUUUCUGAAAUUCGCCAAUUUCCCACAGUCUUUGUGUAAAUAUGGCACGCCAUGGACAAAAGGGAUUAGCAUUUGGAAUGUGAGGAAUUUCGCAAAGCUUGGCAAAAUGAUUUUUUGGAAUUUCCGCUUCGGUGUAAAAUUGCAGCGUAACAAAUGCGUACUAUUCUGUGGUCGUUCAUUGAUGAAUAUUUGAAAAUUUACUCACACAUUUUUUUUAUUACUUAUACAAUAAAUUUUUAAUAAUGAUCAAUAAUUUGUAACUUUUAGGUACAAUUUGCAACUUUUGCCUGAAUUUAUUCCUUCUCAAAUUUUGUUAACUGUAAGGAGCAGUUAUCAUUUCCUAUACUUUGUUUUUUUACAAAGAAAAUUGUCCGAUAUACUUGGGGAAUUAAGUUUUAUGGAUAAAAUUAACUUUCUGACGUUCAACUGUUAUUUAUAACCGCGCAUUCAAUUGGCAAAUAAAAUGUUAUCAGAUGACCCCAGCUGGGACUGGUCCCAUUGGUUCAUUUCUCACCCACAACCCCCAAGGGAAGGAGUAGGCAGCUGCAAAACAGAAACGCAAUAUCGUCAAAAUUGUUCAAGAUUAUAAAAAGGUGUAAAUUUCUUUAUAUUUGCCAAUGUAAGGAUUUUGUACCUUUGGAAAGUGAAUUGAGAAAAUGAAUUAUCUGAAUCUGAUAUUGAGAAAAUGAAUCUGAAUCUGAUAUUAUGAACAAAGGUUAAUGUUUUAGAAGAAAAGUUAGUUGUUUAUCCUUGUCAAAAACCACGUUUUGGGAGCAGAAACAGGAAUAUUGAUAGUUAAGGGCAGAGUGGCCCAGCAGAGUCCAAUAUAAUUCUGAAAACCAACUCAUGUUUUGGUUAGUUUCAAAACUCAAAAGAGAAAAGUUGCACAGUACAUUGCAUUCGUUUGAAACUAUUUCACUUGCAUAGCAAUUCAUUUGAGCUAUAUCCCUCAAACAAAUUACAGAAUUUCAAUUGAAAAAUCAUAGUUGGUACAGUAUAUUAAAUUCUGAGUAAUAACUUCCUUUGCAAAUUUGAUAUACAAACAAACAAACUUUAUUCAAAGAGAGCUACAAAUACUGAUAGUCUGAUAAAUAGAAUGCAAAACAUAUUAGCUUCAUGGCAAGACUCGGUUAAAAAUCAGAUUAUAUUAGUUAUGUUAUUGGCUUAUUGCAAUAAAAGACAUCAAUUGGUAUCUAAGUAUUUUUUCGAUGUUCUAACAAAUUUUGAUAAUUAUACAUAAACAAGUCACAAUUAUUAAAAGAAGGAAAAGAGUUAUUUAUUUGGUUAAACUUAUAGAUAAAAUCUGCUCUGAGGUAAACCCUGUAUUAUUGCCCCGCAUUAAAUAAUGCUGUUCAUUUCUGACCUCGCUUAAAUUGCAAUGAUAAAGACUGGUUAGAGACUAAGUUUUGCAAGAAUGAGAGAGAAACUAUUUAAACCAAUGUGACAAAACGAUUGACCAAAUUGAUGUUCAGAGCAAUCACUGAGAAAUUGAAAUUAAUUCACUUGAAAUUUUUAAGCUUAUAUAUUAUUUAUGAAAUGGGGAAUCUUUGACCCGGAUUAAAUUUUAACGCUGACAUUUUCGUGCUCAUUUUUAGAGUGGAUUAAACAACCGUUUCCGAGAUCUUGGCGAAAACAGCAGUGGCUGGUGGAAAAACGCUCUUAUAACGACAGCUUUAGGCAUCGGCAGCCUCGCUGUUUUUACUGUCUGCAAAUGACUGUAUCUACAUAUAAUAUUAAAGAUAUGAAUUUUGUGGUCAGUAUAGAAGUGGUUUUAUGGUUAGCACAUAUAUGUUACCGGUGGCCUCCGUAUGUAACUGGAGUAAUAUAUAUUACUUUACAAGCAAAUGUAGACACAUUGUUCCAAGUCUCUGAUGCGAGUGUGUGCUCAAUGUACACAAUUUACCCAUUGAGUGGCAGACCACUCUACUUGACGAGUAAAAUCGUCAGGCGUUAGACAGAGUAAAAUACUAAAGUAGGGUGCAUUGCCACCUAAAGGGUUAAGAGGAUGCAUGACGAGUGUCUUUUAAAUAAAGAUAUACCAUAAUAUAUUCGAAAACAAAAAACAUAUUGUUUUAAUAAUGUAUGUAGUUACUGUAUAUGUAAACAUGGCUGCUUUAUUUUCUGAAUGUGAGUGUCGCUGGCAUUUUGAACAAAUAAAGCCUUGAACAGUGUAUGUUUGUAUGUUUAUUUUUUAGAAAUUGGUAGCAUUUAACAGUAGCACAUGUCAAUAUCAAAUUCGGAUGAACUUCUGUUUGCAUUCCAUGCAAGGCAGGCAUUAUAGUAGACUUGCUCCAAGUCUCUCUUUCAUUGUCAUAUAGUAUCGACUAUCAAUCCACUAUAGUGUACAUUACAUGACGUAGUACGGAGGGGCGGAGCGAGAAAG